GCCGGCAGGGGAAACGUCAAAACAAAGCGCUUGAAUAAAAGUUUCCGGGGAAGCAUUUCUCGAGAUUCUUGUGGCUUUUCCACAAUUUUUGAACUUUUAACAUUGCUAAAGGCAAUUAGAGGUAUUCAGGAUGACGAUCGGGAAGAACAAUAAGAUGAUGCAGCACCUCAACUACCGUGUGAGGAUAAUUCUGCAGGAUUCACGCACUUUUAUAGGCACAUUUAAAGCCUUUGACAAGCACAUGAACCUCAUCUUAGGAGACUGCGAAGAGUUCAGGAAGAUUAGACCGAAAAACAGUAAACUUCCUGAAAAAGAGGAGAAGCGAGUUCUUGGAUUUGUCCUCUUGCGAGGCGAGAAUAUAGUUUCACUGACAGUUGAGGGUCCUCCACCACCUGAAGAGGGCCUCCCUCGUGUUCCCAUCCCAGGAGCUGCUCCAGGACCCGGCGUUGGACGUGCAGCCGGUCGUGGAAUGCCUGCCAGUGUGGCAGCUGUGCCUGCAGGACUUCAGGGACCAGUUAGAGGUGUCGGGGGACCCUCACAGCAGCACAUGGCACCAGCAGCUCGCGGGGGUCAAGUGGCUGCUCCUCCCAUGAGACACAUGCUCGCCGGUCCUCCACCCGGCCUUAUGCCCGGUAUUCCGCCCAAUUUGGGACGUGGGGCACCAAUUCGAGGACCACCGCCUGGAAUGAUGAGGGGAGCUCCAGCACCGCCUAGAGGACAAGGCGGCUACCAAUAAUUUUAAAACAUUUCAAGAAAUAAAUCCCUUUCAAAAUAAAUUUUGAGUAAAAACUUAAUAAUUGAAA